UCCUUUUAUGUUUGCACACUCAAUUCAUGUCAUUUUUUCAACCAACAACAAUGGAGCCUUUCACUUUCACAGUUUUCGCCAUUUUCCUCUCACUUUUCAUCUUCAUAUUAACCCGAAAACCCAAAUCCAAAACCCCCAAUCUACCUCCCGGACCUCCAGGUUGGCCGGUCGUCGGAAACCUCUUUCAAGUCGCCGGCUCCGGUAAGCAAUUUUUCGAAUACAUUAGAGAUCUCAAACCAAAAUACGGUUCAAUUUUCACAUUAAAAAUGGGUUCUCGAACUAUGAUUAUAAUUACCAGUGCUGAUUUAGCUCACGAAGCUUUAAUUGAAAAGGGGCAAAUCUUCGCUAGCCGCCCUAGAGAAAACCCGACCCGAACUAUCUUCAGCUGCAACAAAUUCACCGUCAAUGCGGCGGUUCACGGCCCUGUGUGGCGGUCAUUGAGAAGGAAUAUGGUGCAGAACAUGCUUAGUCCGAGUAGAUUGAAGGAAUUUCGCGAUUGUAGAGAGAUAGGUAUGGAGAAAUUGAUCGAAAGGAUUCGAAUCGAUGCAAAGGAGAAUAACGACGUCGUUUGGGUGCUGAAGAACGCGCGAUUCGCCGUUUUUUAUAUUCUACUUGCGAUGUGUUUUGGUGUUGGGAUGAAUGAUGAGGAAAUGAUUGAAAGAGUUGAUCAAAUGAUGAAGGAUGUGUUGCUUGUGCUUGAUCCAAGGAUAGAUGAUUUUCUUCCUAUUUUGAGAUUAUUUGUUGGUUAUAAGCAACGUAAAAGAGUUAAAGAUGUUCGUAAGAGGCAAAUUGAGACCCUCGUCCCUCUAAUCGAGAAACGUCGUAGUGUUGUACAAAAUCCUGGAUCCGACAAGACUGCAGCCUCGUUUUCCUACCUAGACACUUUGUUCGAUGUCAAAAUUGAAGGUAGAAAGUCAGGUCCGACGAAUCCAGAGCUCGUAACAUUAUGCUCAGAGUUUUUGAACGGUGGGACCGACACAACGGCUACAGCAUUAGAGUGGGCCAUAGGGAGAUUGAUCGAGAAUCCAAGCAUACAAGAAAAAAUGUACGAAGAGAUCAAAACCGUAGUAGGUGAUAAAAAGGUUGACGAGAAUGAUACAGAGAAGAUGCCUUACUUAAACGCAGUUGUAAAGGAGCUUUUACGUAAACACCCUCCAACGUACUUCACAUUGACCCAUGCAGUAACAGAGCCGGUUAAAUUGGGCGGGUAUGACAUACCCAUGGAUACUAAUGUGGAGUUUUUCGUAUACGGGAUUUCACACGACCCGAACAUUUGGUCCGACCCGGAGAAGUUUGACCCGGAUAGGUUUUUAUCGGGUCGGGAGGACGCGGAUAUAACGGGGGUGAAGGCGGUGAAGAUGAUGCCGUUCGGGGUCGGACGGAGGAUUUGUCCGGGCUUGGGAAUGGCAACGGUACAUGUGAAUUUGAUGUUAGCGCGAAUGGUUCAAGAAUUUGAAUGGUUUGCUUACCCGGGAAAUAGUGAAGUGGAUUUUAGUGAGAAAUUGGAAUUUACUGUGGUAAUGAAAAAUCCAUUAAGAGCUAAAGUUAAGCCAAGAAUAUAAUUAAGUAAUGCUCAUAAUUAAGAUUAUAAGUCCAAAAAUU